AUGCUCGCUCACCACAGGGGCGACUCUCGUUCCAUACAUCCCACCACCUACGCCGGCGACUCCUCUCAUCCUCUACGGUCUCUCAUGACGUUCCUCAGCACUCUCCACUGGAUCUUAUCUGCUAACAAAUCCGUCCCCGUCUUGCCUGUUUUGAUUUCCGGCUCCAAGAGCAAUCCAACUCAAGCCUGGCGGCUCCAUGUACUCAUGAACAGACUCAUCGACCGCACAAUCUCAGUAGACGACGUCCGGUCCCCUGAGCCACUCUACUCCUGCAUCGUCACCCAGCUGGACCACAUCCUGGACCCAAACGACGGAGACCCCCGCGAGUACAUCGUCGCCCACGUCGCUCUUCCCCACGCCAGAACCCCCGACGCACCCCCUCCCUCCGAACCGGCGCCCCCGCGUCCCAUCGGGCUCGUCAAGUUCGAGCGCUGCUGGGAGGGCCACAUCCCCGUCGAGCAGUACGACAAAUGCGGCCUCUCGAACGACGUGGACCGGCACGCGUGGCUCCCAGUGCACGACGCGGUCAACGUCUACGGGCCGUUCCUGGACCCUGUGACGGGGCGCCGCCGGACGGUCCUGCGCUCUAGCCGCGCCCCUCUGUCCCUCCUCUGCGUCGUCACCGCCGCGUGCGCGCUGCGCCGGCUGCACGUCGAGACCUACGAGGACACGUACGCGCACGCGUGGUUCGCGCGCGCGCUCUGGGAGCAGCUCGUGCCCGCCGACAGCACGGACGUCGUGUACCCGUCGGACUGGCGCAGCUGGCUCGCAAGCUGGUUCGGAGGAUCGCUCGUGGCUUCCGACCCGCCGAAGUUCGACGCCGUCUUGGAGGGAGCGGAGGCGGAGGCGUGCCGGGCGAUCGAAGACGGCGCGCUCAGCGAGUUCGUGGCUGCGCGGGCGAAGAUAGCCGAGUGCCUUUCCGACGAGGGCGAGUGGGUCUCCCCCGAAGAUCAAGCAAGGACGAUCGAGGAUGUCUCGGAUGCGGUGGACGCGGCGGUGUGGGGGGACUUUCGCGACCGGAACGAGAGGAAAAACCCAUUGAGGGCAUUGGAGUUGAAAGCGGAAGCAGAACGUCGUCUCCAGGCGAACAUCGCGCGCACGAAGGAGCCUGCCGCCUUUCCCGGGGAAGGACAAUCGCAAGUUGUCGUGAACGCAAUAUGUGGAGAAAGGUAUAGUGAGACCAGGAAGACGGAAGACGUGGUAAUAAGCCAAUGGCGAGAGCAGCAUCCGGACGUCGAGCACCUCCUUAAGCUCCUGCCUCCAAAAAUUAGGCUCUGGUGGCGGCUGCCGCUAGCAUCUUGA